AUGAGGUGCCGGCCGCUCCAUGGGGAUACUAAAUGUGAGCGAUGCUCUCACAAAGCUCUUGAUUGUGUAUUUCAAGAGCAUCGCCGGGGACGGAAGCCUGGGACAAGGCAAAUAGCUUCCCUAGCUAAAAGAAGACCAUCAACUGGUAGAGAUGAGAAUAAGAUGCAGGAAACAGCAGCUACCCAUGAGAAUGAAUCGGAUACAUUAGCCAAAGUAAUAUCGCCUGAUGCGUGCAGUGGGCAACCCACACAGCAGGCCAGCUUGCAGCCUUCCGGACUGCUCAACCGCGAGGCGAUGAAAGGGAAAUUCUCUCUCCUUAGAAUCCUCAGCACGGACAACGACAAGCCGCAAAUUGUGAUGGAGGAAGCUCUGGCACCUCCUACACAAGAUGCGGUCAGAGCAGGACUCGUUAGUCAAUCAAUCGCAGAGUUCUUGUUUGACAGUUUCAUCAAAAUACUGAACCCCUAUAUCAGUCAAUUAGACCCCGGUCAUCAUACAUUCUCUUAUGUCCGGCAAAGAUCGUCUUUUCUUCUCAGUUCAAUACUGGCCGCAUCGGCUAAGAUGUUCAAUCCUGCCUUAUAUAAACCUCUUCGUGACUACGCAGAAGAUAUGUUUGUGCAAAACUUUCGAUCUGGAAAUAAGUCUACCGAGAUAGCACAAGCUGUCUUAAUUCUUACCUACUGGAAGGAUCCCGAAGACACCCGCUCAUGGGUGACUUUAGGGUACGUAAUUAGAAUGUGCAUUGACUUGGGAUGGCACAAACUGCGUCCACGAUCAGCCCAAGACCGAGAACACUUGACGGAGACGCAGCGCCGAGAAGCGCGCAACGUCGAGAGAACUUGGUUCGUUCUAUUUGUAUACGACCGCAGUAUGAGUUUGCAGACUGGGAAGCCGUGGAUGAUUGAGCGCAACGGAUUCUUGGAAUCAAUUGAAUCUUGGUGUAAAGACUCGAUAGCAACAGAAAGCGACAUCCUAUUAGGGGCCUUAGUUACACUUCGCCUGCUUACGUCCGAGGUCUUUAGGCUCUUAGGACCGCACCGUCAAACCAACUCAUUCCAGAGUACGUCUUCACUCCUGACCAUAAUUAGUAAUCGCAUUGAGGAGUGGGAGAACAAAUGGUUGCAUCUGUAUCAAAAUGCAUCUGAAAGUUGCCACCCCUUUCUGAUCCGAUUCUACGGAACUCAUCUUCGUCUCCAACUUUACUCAUUGCCACUACAGGAAGUGCUUGGAUCAUCACAACAUGAUAUCACGUACAAUCUGGAAUCCCUCUGGUCAAGCUACUCGAGCGCAAUUGAGAUGCUGAAACUAGUGUCGCACUUUUCCCAGUUUCUAUACUUUGCUCAAGACUCAAUACACGUAAUGACAGCCUAUGCAGCCGCUUUCCUGAUCAAGAUUCUAAUGUCUGCGCCCCGAUUAAUUGUCAGCGAGAUCGAAUCUGUCACUAUCGAGACAAUCCGCACAGCAGCAGCCGUCUUUUCUCAGCAAUCUGCGCCAAAUGACUCGAGCUGCUUUCUUCAAUCCCGGUUUCUUUCCAAAAUAACCUCCGACUACGAUGAUAUUCGGCAACGAAAUACGGAAAAACAAUCAUCGCUAAACCCGCGAUCUAGUACUCCUUAUUGUGAUGUUAAUACAUCAACAGUCGACAAUUCGACAGACGCCGAAGGAACGUUUGAUACUCUCUACCAGGAAUCUGCCGCCCCAUAUGAAAGCAACGAAACCUUCCAACAAUUAUGUACCUCCGCCAAUACGACUAUUCAGCGUCUGGAAAAUGUAAACAGAGAGAGUAGAGCACCAAAUUUGGCAGAGAAAAUAGACUUCAUUCUGGCGGAUAACGAUGUCUGGACAAAUGCCUUGGCCAGCGCUGGAUUUAACGCUCAAGACGUGUUUCUCUUUUCAUAA